AUGGUCACCCUGGCAGGCUUCCCCGCCAACAAGACGUCCGAACGACAUCUAUAUUGGAUAUUACGGGCCUUCUUGCACCCCGCGGCCCAACCAGAACUACCAACUGCUCUAGAAGCUCAAGCAGCAGCAGCCACCGUUGGUUUGAACUUGACCUACAUCCAGGUAGAUAUCUUAGUGGGAAUGAAGAAGAAGAAGGAGCUACUCUUCUUUUUCGGGCUCUCUGUACCGGGCAUUCAGGAUGAUCUAGGUGAUCAGUUCUAUACUAUGGGACAGGAAGCGGAUGCGGCCAACAUCGGUGAUCCUGGAACUGGCAACUGGGUACAGUCAUUCGCCGGAACUUCUGUUCAUGGCGUUUUCCUUCUUGUGUCGGACACCUUUGAUAACAUGCAUGAGACCUAUCAAAGAUCUUGUCGCAUUUAUGCGAUUCUAUUGGCGAGCUGCAUCGCGUUCAAGGUGCAGCUCGCCCUGGAUCAGAGGACGGUCACGAACAUUUCGGGUUCAUGGACGGAAUCAUUUGCCGUCGAUGCGGGAGCGAUUUUGCUGGCUGAGGAAGGGGAUAACACUACUCGUCCGUCCUGGGCUAGAGGUGGUUCGUUCCUUGUCUUCUGUCAGUUGGAACAGCUCGUGCCAGAGUUUCACAAGUUAUUGUUGGACAAUCCGAUUUCUGUGCUUGGUAUCAACAUUCCUGAGGAGGGAUCCGCCUUGAUAGGAGCUCGUGUUGUCGGACGGAAAGAGCUCCCAUGGAUCUUGCACCAUUGUUCGACCACCCAACGCUGGCUGAGGAACAACAACUUCACCUACCACCAAGACGGUCAAAAUAGUACCGAUCAGACUGGAUAUAAUGGUGCGUGUCUCGAUCUCGACGGCCAUCGUAUGCCGAAAUCUUCCGCUGAUGAUUAUCAGUCUGCAGUGAGUUCUCUGCAAUGUUCAUGGUACAUCCAUCUAUACAUCAAUUGGUCUCCGUUGAAUGUGACGGAAGAUAUUUGGGACCACCUGAAUCUCCGACUUCGUUGGUAUCGAUUGAUGCUCACACGGACUGUCGAUAUUUAA